AUGGAUACCGCAGUAUCUGCCCCCGGGGCAGGCCUCGAAGAAGCCAGACGCACUCCAGAACCAUCACCCCCUCCACCACCAAGUUCUCCCAUACUCAAGCAUCCAAAUGACCCGCGCGCAUUUCUACCACAGGGAGCUCAGAGGCGGAAAGUCCGCCACCUCAGGCGCCUCGCGAAGCCUCCGGAACCAGAGCUCCUCCACGCGGGCUGGCUCCCGCGCGAACUACGAGGGAAAUCUGAAGUCGAGGCGCGAGAGAAGCUAGAGAGAAAAGUGAAUCAGCGGAAGAACGCGAAGAAGUUUCUACAGAAACAGUUGCAGAAUUUUGAAGAGAAGGAGCAGCAGAAGGAAUUACAACAGAAGAGACAAAAGGAAUUGGAGGAGUGGAUUGCGAAAAGUGGAUGGGAGGAAAAAUAUGCCCAAGAGGAACUGAUGGAAGAAGAGAAGCAGCAGAUGGAGCUGAGCGAGGAUGAGAUACAGUUACAUGCUGAGUUGGAGAUGCAUGUGCAAGAGUGGGAGCAGCAUGAAGUACAGAUAUAUCUCGAGCUGCGGUUCUAUUUAGACCAGUUGGGACAAGAGACGGAGGAGAGUGAGCUGCAGCUCUGUUGGGAAGAGACACGGAGAUCUAUUGAGGAACUGCCGUGGUUCGUCUCUGUGGAGAAUUGGGUCGAGUUCGUCGUUUCCAAACUGCGUCAGUUCAGAGAUAUCGUCCUCCAAGGACUUCAUUGCCUUCAAAAUAUUCGCAUCACUUACCACGGGGCCAGUCGUGGGAAACAGGAUCUCAAAGACAGAACGUCGAGGAUACAAUUCACUUUUGCUGGACCUACAACCACGGAUGAAGACAUGCAAGACAGAGAUUCUGAUGAAAACGCAUACCAAUACGAAGGGACUAUGAGAUUUCUGCCGAUUAUGACAGGUGCAGACCAGCAACUUCAGCCAGCUCCACGGAAGCGGGACUUUCAGGACCUGGAGACAGAAGAUUCGAAUGCAUCAGAGGCGGACGAACACCAUCCGAGGCAGAAGAGGAGAUGCGGUUGUAUCGCAAUCUAG